GCGGCAUCGCCUCACUUGUUUAGCAGUUUUAUAAUGUUCUUAUCAGUAACUCAUAUCGAGGAUUAAAAUGCGAAAUGUUAUUCUGCCAUAUGACCUGAUGCAUCAGAGAAUGGGUGCAUUUCCCGUGUCAGUGUAAGCACUGCGGCAAUGAUGACAUCAGCGCAUGUGUGACUGUGCUGUAGAACACGAACACCGCACCCGCACACGCACAAAUAGCGAGUCGUUAGCGUGGUAGUUGACCACCAUCGCUCGUGCUAGUGCGCAUCAAGCCUGGCAUGAAUGAGAGGCAGCAACGUAGUGCUGCUGUAGAUUCAUCGCCGAAGGUAGAUUUGAAAUUGAACAACGAUGGCGGACGAUGAGGCGCCGGUGAUGGCGGGGCCGUCCGACGCCGACCAGCACUGCAAGGGGGCGCCACUGCAGAUGCGCAUCCCUGACGUGUUUGUAGAGGAGACAUCGUUGCAGGAGACGAUGGGUCGGAACAAGGAAUCGUUAAAGAAGAAGUUGAUGCUAAGAAGGACGAUUACAGAACUUGUUGAUCAGGGAAUAAUACCUCCGCUGAAGUCGCCGGCAGCGUUUCACGAGCAGCGCAGACAGCUGGAGCGCGCGCGCAUGGCCGACACGCUGAAGCACAAGAUACAACGCCGCCCCGAUCGACAAGAACUUGUGCAGCACCACAUACUCGAGGACACGAACGUCGACCCAGCGUUGCAGGACAAGCAGCGACAGCUGAAGCGAGCGAAGCUAGCCGACCAUCUGAAUGACAAGAUUGCACGGCGUCCCGGCCCGCUGGAGCUGGUCGAUGCCCACAUACUAGAGCCUGAAGAUGACAACCUUAUGUCUGCAAUAGAAGAUGGCACCCUCUCGUACCACCGCACGGCCGACGGCAAGGAGAAGGACAUCUUCCACUUCUCGUUUGACGAGGAUUCGAUGAGCGGGAGCGACGGCGCCCCUUCGCCCGUCGAUAUGACCGAGCAAGUCCACAUAGUCAUUCCAUCACCGCCACAGCCACCGCCACCGCCGCCUCCACCACCGGCCCCCCAGCAGGUAUCAGCGAGUAUUCCACCACCCCCGCCGCCACCCCCGAAACCUCCAUCUCUGCAGAGCAACAGGACGGCGAGAGGUACAUCAUCACCAAGAGAAUGCGCCGCGCUGCAGGGUUGUGAUCGCGUUCGUCUGACAGGAGAGGCGCGAGUGGCAGGGACAGCGUGGAGAACACGCCGGCGCCGACACAUGCGAAUAUGGUUUCCGUUCAGCAGGGAUCCCUGCCUCAGCCUUCUGUCGUUCGCUCCCGUCGAAGCUGCCGCCGCCGCGACCCCGCCAGUCACCGGUGCGGUGAACGCGUCGCGUCGACUGAUAGCUCACGUUGUUCCAGCGCAUCGUGACGGCCUGCGAUGCAGCGCAGCGAUGACGCCGGCCCCGCCGCCACAGAUCUUCGGAAUUUCCGACAGAACUCGAGCACUUGAGGUGGCGGAGGUUGGCGGGAGGGACGCCGGGCGCACGCGGUCGACCGGCGGCAGUCGUACAGGGAUGUAA